AGACCUAGUAGCAGUCAGGAUGGAAAUAAACAUAGCAGGCAACAAGAGGCCACUCAUUUUAACCUCUGCAUACCUUCCCUAUGACUCGCCCAGCCCUCCACCAAUAGAUAAGCCGAGGGAUCUAGUAAAUACCUGUCGGGCCGAAAACCUGCAGGUACUCAUUGUUGCUGACGCAAAUUCACACCAUAUAACAUGGAGCAGUAAGGACAACAACAAAAGAGGUGAGUCUUUACUUGAAUUCAUUCUAACCACUAACCUGGAAAUAUUAAAUCGUGGAAAUGAAUUUACUUUUGUAACCAGUAGACGAAGCGAGGUUAUUGCGACAUCAGGACGUCUAAAUCAAAUUAGAUUUAUUAUUAAUCGUUCUGCAUUAUUUUUUGGAGAAUGUUCUGAAAUUUACCUUGAAUAUUCAACGUUAAACCCAGAAACUAAUUCAGAUUCACCCUCAACAAAAUCAAUGAUAUUACCCUUGGUUCUUCCUUCGUUUCAAAUCACAUUGGCAAGUGGUACGUAUCUAGAGAGCCUUCGCUCUUAG